UUGUUUUAAAAAUUUAUUAUUUUAGGUUUUUUGUAAAAACAGUUUAAUAUGGGUGUUCCAGAUAUACAAAUUUUUUACAAACAGCUUUUCAUUAACAAUCAAUGGGUUGACUCAAUGAGUGGGAAAACAUUUCCAACUAUUAAUCCAGCAACAGAAGAAAAAAUUUGUGAUGUUUCAGAAGGUGACAAGGAAGAUGUUGAUUUAGCUGUUAAAGCUGCUCGUGAAGCAUUUAAAAGAAAUAGUAUCUGGAGAUCAAUGGAUUCAUCUGUGCGUGGAGAACUUCUUAAUAAACUAGCUGAUUUGGUUGAAAGAGACAGAAAAUAUCUUGCUGAACUAGAGACACUUGACAAUGGAAAACCGUUUGAAAUUGCAUAUAAUGUUGAUCUUCAUUUGACUAUUAAAUGUUAUCGUUACUAUGCUGGAUGGGCUGAUAAAAUUCAGGGGAAGACAAUCCCUAUUGACGGAGAUUUCUUCUGUUACACUCGACAUGAACCUAUUGGUGUUUGUGGUCAAAUCAUUCCUUGGAAUUUUCCACUCUUGAUGCAGGCUUGGAAGCUUGCACCAUGUCUUGCUGCAGGCAACACUGUUGUUAUGAAACCUGCUGAGCAAACUCCUUUAACUGCUUUAUAUGUGGCACAGCUUAUUAAAGAAGCAGGUUUUCCAGCAGGAGUAGUUAAUAUCAUACCAGGUUAUGGUCCAACAGCUGGAGCAGCUAUCUCAGAACAUAUGGAUAUUGAUAAAGUUGCAUUUACAGGUUCAACUGAGGUAGGAAAAAUUAUUCAAGCAGCUGCUGGUCGCACUAAUUUGAAAAAUGUUACACUUGAACUGGGUGGUAAAAGUCCUCAUGUUGUUUUUGAUGAUUGCAAUUUAAAUGAAGCUGUUGAACUUUGUCAUCAUGGUUUGUUUUUUAAUAUGGGCCAAUGCUGCAUUGCUGGAAGUCGAGUGUUUGUGCAAGAUACAAUUUAUGAUGAAUUUGUCAAACUAUCUACUGAAAGAGCUGUUAAAAAAACUGUUGGAUGUCCAUGGGAUAAAAGUAAUGAACAGGGACCACAGAUUGAUAAAGCUCAAUUUGACAAAAUAUUAAGUUUAAUUGAAAGUGGGAAAAGUGAAGGUGCACAGUUAAAAUGUGGGGGCAAUCGACAUGGAGAAAAAGGCUUUUACGUACAACCAACAGUAUUUGCCGAUGUUACUGAUGACAUGACUAUAGCUAAAGAAGAGAUCUUUGGUCCAGUCAUGCAAAUUAUGAAGUUUAGUACUAUGGAAGAGGUUAUUGAACGAGCCAAUUUAACAUGUUAUGGACUAGGUGCUGCUGUUAAUACAACUAAUAUAAAUCGUGCACUAGAAUUUGCUCAUGGUGUGCGUGCUGGUACAGUCUGGGUGAACUCAUAUGACAACUUUUCAUGUGCAGCACCUUUUGGUGGCUACAAAAUGUCUGGCAGUGGAAGAGAAUUGGGAGAAUAUGGUUUGCAGCAAUAUUCUGAAGUUAAAACUGUUAUGGUCAAAAUUGGCAAGAAGAAUUCGUAAUUAAAUUUAACUUAGCAUCAAAAACAUAAAGCAAGAAACCCGUUUCUAAGUGUCAAUUUGAUUCUUAAGAAAUCGAUUCUUUAUUUAAGCAUUUUUUAAACGCUUUUUCUUUUUGCAACACUUGUUAAAAAUGUAAAGAAUUUAUUUUAUAUA